AAAACAUAACACACUGUUUCUUCGUUGAUGUGGAUAUUCAUUUCUGGACAUACGCAUUACGAUUGAUCGACGUAAAUUUUUAGUAUGGAGAAACAUCGGAAAUUCAAGCACGCGAUCUUGAGUCCAACUUUCACUUUGCUGACAUUAAGCUACUUCCUGUCAAGUUACGUAAUCGUUGCCAAAGUUGUGGUGCUGUUCCCCAUCCCACACGUUUCCAAUGUGCGGACCCACACAAACGUGGGAAGGUCCCUGGUCAGCCUGGGCCACACCGCCUAUGUCUGCAUCCCUAGGUACAUGCUGGACCAGAACCAGGUCAACGUCGAUGGGGUCAAGGUCAUCCCCUACGGGAAAUACCUGAAAAAUUUCGAAAAACAAGUCUUCGGGGAGGUGAUCGAAAAAUUCUGGAGAGGCGAGAACCAAGGGUUGAGAGAUUACGUCAGCUUUUUUCAAACCACGCACGGCGUUGUCAAACAAAUUCUAUCUGAUCAGAACCUGAUGGCAAGACUGAAAGGGUUAAAGCCAGAUUUAUUCGUCAUUACAAACUCCCCGCCUUUUAGGAACUUUGUUGUGAUAACUCAUAUCUUGGGCGUGGCUUUUGUGUACCUCAGCCCUUUCAACGAUUUGAUUGGGCAAAGAGUUCCAUUUAGCCCUUCAUCCACAGCCUGUUUUGGAUACCGUGGAUUCAAUAUCCACGAUAUGUCUUUCCUGGAUCGUCUCCGGACUGCGGUUUGCAAUAUAUGUUUAUCGAUUAUCGAUUACUAUUUCAUGGAUGAUGAUUUGGUGGUUGAGUUUGCGCCUCAUAAGCCGAAGAUAUCAGUCGUUGAGUUGUCGUUGAAGGCGGAACUGUUUAUUAUUGAGAGCGAUCAUAUUUUAGAUUUUGCUAAACCGGAACUCCCGAAUAUGAAACUGAUAGGCAGCACUGCGGUUCUUAGGCCACAUCCGCUGGAAGAACCUUUUAGAACUUUUGCCGAAGGUUCUCAAAACGGGAUCAUUCUCGCGACAUUCGGGAGCAGCGUCGUCAACAUUCCCAGCCACGUCAUCGACCAGAUGACGUCAGCAUUCUCCCAACUCGACAUGAACGUCGUUUGGAAGGUCAACUUGACCUCGCCUGACCCGGAGAAAAUUUUAACCUCGCUUUGGGUUCCGCAGAACGACGUUCUGGCUCACCCCAAAACGAGGCUGGUGGUAUCGAACUGCGGCAACAGCAUUCAGUACGAGGCCCUGUAUAACGCGAUACCCAUGCUGUGCUUGCCGAUUUUCGGAGAACAGUUCUACAAUUCUCGUAGAUCUGACCUGAAAAAUUUCGGACUUACGGCCGACAUCCGGCGUUUAUCCGAUAAAGAUUUCGUUAAAUUAAUCCGUAAAAUAACAACCAACGAUAAAUAUAAAAACAGCAUAAAAAAAGCGUCACAACUUUUUCAUCAGCUGUACCAGCUUCCACCGGAAGCGGCGGCGUACUGGAUCGAUCACGUGAUGGAAUAUGGCGGCAAGUACAUGCGCUCGGCUGGGUUGGAUUUGCCGUUGUACCAGCUAGUUGGUCUGGAUACCAUGGGUUUUGUUGCUGUCGUCGUGGUGGUAGUUCUGGUUGUUCUGUUUGUGGUGUUGCGGUGUUGCUGGCGAGGAGUGAGGCGGUGCUUGUGGGGUAAAACAAAGAGGAAAACCGAUUAA